GAGAGGGCAUGGGUUGCGGAACCGACAUCACGGCCGGGGUCUUUGCUGUUUAGACGCCUGGGUUCCCGGAUCCCAGACACGCGCACGGGCAGGAAGUUAGACCGGAGACAGCGAGUAUAGACAACCCUUCUGGAUAGGGGCAGACGGGUGGGAGCUCCGAAGGGGUGCCGGGGCGGUGAUCGGGAGGUCUCCAGCGGCCCGAACCAGGGUGAAGAAGAAGCCCGGGUUUCCGCUUCCCUCCGGGCGCGAGAAGAGGGGAGCCAGGCCGAGCCCCGGCCCUACCGCCGCCGCCGCCAUGUGGCCCCCAGACCCCGACCCCGACCCGGACCCCGAGCCUGCCGGCGGCUCCCGUCCCGGCCCCGCGGUCCCCGGGCUCCGCGCCCUGCUGCCGGCGCGGGCUUUCCUCUGCUCUCUCAAAGGCCGCCUCCUGCUGGCCGAGUCGGGUCUCUCAUUCAUCACUUUUAUCUGCUACGUGGCGUCCUCAGCAUCCGCCUUCCUCACAGCGCCUCUGCUGGAGUUCCUGCUGGCCUUGUACUUCCUCUUUGCUGAUGCCAUGCAGCUGAAUGACAAGUGGCAGGGCUUGUGCUGGCCCAUGAUGGACUUCCUGCGCUGUGUCACCGCGGCCCUCAUCUACUUUGCUAUCUCCAUCACGGCCGUCGCCAAGUACUCGGAUGGGGCUUCCAAAGCUGCUGGGGUGUUUGGCUUCUUUGCUACCAUCGUGUUUGCAAUUGAUUUCUACCUGAUCUUUAACGACGUGGCCAAAUUCCUCAAACAAGGGGACUCUGCAGAUGAGACCACAGCCCACAAGACAGAAGAAGAGAAUUCCGACUCGGACUCUGACUGAAGGCCUGGCGGGUGCCUUGGCAACCUGAGCCACACAGGCCUCCACCCCUGCGCCUCACAGGGGUCGCUGGCGUUGGAGCGGAGGCCUGGACUUCUGAGUUGCAGAGGGGGCUGCGGACACAGCAGGCCCCCUACAGCCUCAGGUUCUGCCUGAGCCCAGCCUACCAGGCUUGCCCCUCAGCUCAGCACUGUUGACCACGCUGCGUAUGAGGGCAUCUUGGGUAUCCCACUCCUUCUCCCCAUUUCUGUCCCACAGGCCUUCAGCCCUUUAACCUCUCUGCCAAAAACCAGCACAAGGAGACAAAGCAGAGCCUUGUCUGUAUCUGGGCAGCAGGUGUUCCAUGCUGCUAGGUGGCGGGGGUCGGGGGUCUUCUGUUUCACUAACAGGAACAAAGACAGAAACCAUGACAGGGCUGCCCCGCCAGGCCCCGGUGGGUUUGUCUGCACUUGGUGCUCCUGCCCACACCAGCCACUUUGGUGACAAUGACCCUUCCAAGAAUCUUUGGUUCAAGGAGCACCAGUUCCCUCUUCAUUCUUGAAGCAGGGAGAAACUGACCUUUGCCUUGUCGCCCAGGAAGUGGGGCUCGGCACCCAUAACUGACACCUCCCACCCUUGGAAACCAUGUCUUCUGGGGGUGAGAUGACCAUUCUGGGUCUAAGACUGUUUCAAAGAAGAGCUCAUAGACUGACUGGUCCAGAUGACAGAGGGUACAACAGAGGCAUCACAGUGACAGUGUCAUGGGGAGCUGGGCGGGCCCAGCCAAACCCUCCUUCUUCUUAGAGCCCAGCCAGCAGGCAGGAGUUCCUGGACCCUCAGGACAGUGAACUUCCAGACCUCAGGGCAGGUCUAUGGGCCACUGCAGGAAAUGAGACCAGCCUUCUGUGUUCACCUAACGAUUUAUACUGUGUAUCUGUCUUUGAUGGAAUUUUGUAACUUUUUAUAUUUUUUUACGCAAAAGCAGCUUCUUAACAGAUGGCAUUUUCUGUGACUCUAGGCCUCACAAAAGAGCCAGAGUUCUGGACCCAUGUUUGGAGCAUUUGUAGCCUUAUUCUCUUGCAUGUGAAUCUCUUACCCUGAAAAAAAGCCAUAAUGAAUUAAGCCAGACUGAC